AUGACGGUUUCUUCUACAGAAAACACUGUCGAUGCUAAAUUUUCUCUAUCCAGGCUUGCUCCAUUGGAAGCGGUGCUAUUUGAUGUUGAUGGGACUCUAUGUGAUUCAGAUCCCCUCCACUACUAUGCCUUCCGAGAAAUGCUUCAAGAGAUAAAUUUCAAUGAUGGGGUCCCAAUUACGGAAGAAUUCUUUGUUAAGAAUAUUGCAGGCAAGCAUAAUGAGGAUAUUGCCUUGGUGCUCUUUCCUGAUGAUCUCCAACGAGGCUUGAAAUUCACAGCGGAUAAAGAAGCCAUGUUUAGAAGAUUGGCAUCUGAGCAACUGAAGCCUGUAAAUGGCCUAUAUAAAUUGACGAAAUGGGUUGAAGAUCAUGGACUGAAACGUGCUGCAGUUACUAAUGCUCCAAGAGAAAACGCUGAACUCAUGAUCUCACUUCUGGGCCUCUCAGAUUUUUUUGAUGCUGUUAUCAUUGGAGAUGAUUGUGAACAUGCCAAACCACACCCAGAACCCUACUUGAAGGCUCUUGAAGUACUCAAUGUCUCAAAGGACCACACCUUUGUGUGCGAGGAUUCUGUUUCAGGCAUAAAAGCUGGAGUGGCAGCUGGGAUUCCUGUUGUUGGUAUAACUACCAGAAAUCCAGAACAUCUAUUGAUGGAGGCAAAGCCUGCACUUAUUAUAAAGGAUUAUGAAGAUCAAAAGUUGUGGACAGCUCUGGAAGAACUUGAUAAGCAGGCAGCUGCUGUAAAACCUGCUGCUUGA